GUGGAGAUUGCGCUCUGGCAUGUUCGAGGACGUGUCCAUCCCGCCCAUCACGCUGUUCUCGUGAAACUUAAUUCAGACUACUCCUGCGUUGUCGGAUUGAGGUGUAUCUCUUUUGUCGUGCUCUUCACGAGCACUCUCGGGUUGUCACGGUGUCGGCUCGCAGCAGCCUACGUAUGCUGCAAGUAUGCUGCGCGGAAAAAUGUGCUUUGGUGCGCGUCCAAAGGCGGAUGCGUGCUCCCACUUGUCUGUCAGCAGCGACGAGACGCCAUCACAAUGGCCAGCGGCUUAGACAUCUCGAAAAAUGCUUCGCAGAUUCUUCCUGGAAUUGUGUUUAUGGCUCCCAUCGCAUACAGGUAUGCUCUGAUCUAUGGCUGUCUCGAGCACACGACAAGAUGUGCACCAUUCACAAGUCCCUGUAUCGUCAUGACAAACCUCCCAGCAGGGAUACUCCGCCCGUUCACCCUCCGCUCCUCGGAGAACAUCGCAUUUAACGGAGAUGAAGUUGUCUUAAGUGACAAAUCACGGCAUUACACCAGGAUUGCAGGAACUCGCGACCCCACUCUCUUGGCAGCACACCGGACCCUGGCUCUAGCUUCUGUUAUUACCGGCGGCGACCGGAUUCAUGCAAUCAGCGCCAGCGAGGACAUCGUAGCAUUUGUGAUAAUACACACUCCACCGUAUAUAGGACGUCCGCAAGCUCCUCCGCACCUUCGAGGCGGUUCCUCCUGUUCGCCCACGACAGGGGCCCGUCCUCCCCCCGACAGCGCAAAGGCCGCGAGGCUCACGCCGCACAGGACGCCUCCCGCGUUCUCCUUCGUGAGCGGGCUAAGGUCUGAGCGCCCCCUCGAUCGGCCCCAGCAGGGUCCCAGCCUCACAGGCGGGCGCGGCGUACCAGAAACACAGCUGCAUUCCUUAUCCCGGAGAAGCCGUAGCACGGCCCACCGAGACAAUUCAGCUGGUCUCGGCGUGUCCGCCUGUGGGCGAGGUCCGUCUUGGUUCUGAUAUGGCUUGGUCGCGUGAAGGUGGAGGGACCAUGGGAUGUGGCUUUGGAAGACGUCGCGGGGACAGGGCGGACACUGCGUUCGUACGCGCCGACUCCGUCUCGUCGUUGCAGCGCUCGGCUUCGGCUGGGGCGCAUAUGUGGCGGGGGAUCCUGGCAUAUUGCAACGACGGGAGUGGUCUAUGGUUUCAGUGCGUGUGGCGGUGUCUGCCCCUCAGUUCACUUCGCGGCUCGCGAGGCACCAGCUGCUCUCGCGAAACUCGAUUCAGACUAUUCUUGCGCUGUCGGAUCGAUGCCUAAUUUUUUCCUCACCUUGCUCUUCGUGAGCACUUUCAAGCUGUGCUGACGUCGGUCGCCGGGAGCACCAUAUGUAUGCAACAGUUGUACGCCCCUACGUUGACACGUUGACCUCCCUGCG